AUGAAUAGGGACUCAAUAAUAAAAAUUCUGGAGAAUGAUGAUCAGCUACAAAAGCAGGAGCAACAGCCACAAAGUGGUGAUAAUAAUCCAAGAGCAAAUGCAAUCUUAAGGCUUCAAAAUCUAAGGUUGAAGUGGAAAUCCCAAACUGAUGGACACGAUUAUUCAAUGUUAAGGUCAAGUAUUCAUCCACCUCAUCAUCGUGAUAUUGAAGUUAACAAUACAAUAAUGCAAUUUCUUUUUGAGAAAAAAUUAAAACACAGUGAUGUGAAACAGGAAGGUCGCAUCAUCAUUCCAAAGGCCUAUGCUGAGAAGUACUUGCCCAAGUUAGAAUCAAACUUGGGUCAUCACAUGUUUAUGGAGGACAUGGUUGUAGAUAGAAUUUGGAUGUUUAGAUUCAGUGUGUUCAAUGUCAUAUUAUACGGUUCAAAAUACAAAAAUGAGGGUAUUGGAGUGAGGAAAUAUGAUGCUAACUUAAUGGAUGACAUGAUGAUUUCCCCAAAGGAUGCAAGAAAAGAGAGGAAGAUCAAGUCAUCCGCAAAAAGGAAGAAGAAUAAUAACCCAGAUCAUAUUAAUGCUAGAGAUGCUGUUUUUUCACCGUCUUUUGCCCAUCGUCUUCUGAAUGUUAGGGCACAAACAUCAUCACCAAGUGGAUGCUCUGAGUAUAGCCAAGGUUUACAAGGUUUUCCAUUUCAUCUUAUCACCAAUGUGAAAAUCAUCGACUUACCUGAGUAUUGA